AUGCCUUCCGUUUUCAGAUCCGACAUAAAGUCCCAGUACCCUCGUUCCGAAGGCAGAAAAGGGAAUAGUACCUAUAUUGAAGAUGUGCAUCCCGUCAAGCCGACCGAUGAGAAGGUGCAGGGAGAUUACGCUGGCGCCACGGCAAAGACGGAUCCGAGGGAGAUUCGUCUGGUUCGAAAAUUGGACAUGCGAAUCAUGCCCAUCUUGUGGGCAAUGUAUUUCAUGAAUUUCAUUGACCGUAAUGCCGUUCCCAAUGCUCGCUUAAACGACCUCGAAAAGGACCUGGGUCUCGUCGGCACCCAGUACAACACAUGUAUUUCGAUCUUUUUUGUAGGGUACCUCUUGAUGCAAAUUCCCUCCAACAUGCUCAUGUCCUCCAAGAAAGUCCGGCCAUCUUUAUACAUGAGCGUCUGCAUGGCCGGCUGGGCGGCUGUCUCGGCUUGUACCGCGUUAACCAAGAACUAUGUCGGCCUGGUGAUGGUCAGGUUCUUCUUAGGCAUUGCAGAAGCCCCCUUCUACCCCGGGGCUCUCUUCCUCCUAUCUGUCUUCUACACCCGCAAAGAAAUCGCCCUCCGUAUCUCGAUCCUAUACUCGGGUAACAUCAUCGCAACAGGUGUCGCAGGCCUGAUCGCCGCAGCAACCUUCUCUACCUUGGACAAGGCACACGGCCUAGCGGGCUGGCAAUGGCUCUUCAUCAUCGAAGGCGUGGUCACAUUCGGAAUCGCCGUCCUUGGCCUUCUCAUGCUCCCCGACCACCCACUCACCACACGAUGGCUCACGCCAGAAGAACGCCAACUCGCCCACGAUCGCAUCAUCCGAGACACCGUCAAUAGCGAAGAAUCCGAGGGGCCUAUGGCCGGCUUGAAGCAAGCCUUCCGGGACCCGCGUCUGUUCUUGCUAGCCUUCAUGCAGAACAUGCACCUGAGCUCCUGCAGCUUCAACAACUUCUUCCCCACCGUAGUGGGAAGCCUCGGCUACAACAGAACCAUCACCCUCGUUCUGACCUUUCCACCAUACCUCGCCACCUGUAUCGCCAGCGUCGUGAUAGGGAUCACCUCUGGUCGGUAUAACGAGCGCACCUGGCACAUCACCGGGUGCAUCGGCGCCGCCGUCAUCGGGUUCAUCAUUUCCUGCGUGACGCUGAAUACCGCCGCCCGAUACAUCUCUUGUUUCUUGUUCGCGAGCGGUGCGUAUGCGGCUAACUCGGUCAUUCUGGGUUGGGUGUCGGCGACCUUAGGACAGACGCCGGAAAAGAAGGCCGCGUCUCUUUCUUUCGUUAACGUUGUUGCAAAUGCGUCCUAUAUCUAUACCGCGUACCUCUAUCCCAAGAGUGAUGGGCCUCGGUACCUGACUGCCAUGGCGUCCAAUGCGGCGUUUGGGGUCGCUGUCAUAAUCAGUGCGUGGGCUUUGAGGUUCUGGCUGCAGAACACGAAUAGGAAGAUUAGGCAGGGGAUUCUUCCAGGUGCGGAUGAAGGGUUGCUGUAUGCCUACUGA